UCCUGCCGGCCGGCGCUGGCUUGGCGGCCCGGCGGUGGCUGUGAGGGCCGCGGAAUGUUCGAAUCCCGGCGGCCCAGCAAGGCCGCGGGGGCUGAGGCGGUCCUCAACCCCGCGAGCAGCCGGGGAAAACGCAGCGCCUCCCAUGGGUCCCCCGGGUUGUGAGGACGCAAGUUCUUCCAGGGGUCAGCCCAGGAGGGCAGUUCCUUACCACAGUAUUGAUUACUCAACAAGAAUGAACCUGGAUUAGCACUGAGCUCCAGCAUUUUCCAGCAGUGAGCCCUGGCUUGAUGCAAAAGUUAAGAAUCCCAGUGUCUGGAUGAGAGUUGACACCAGCUAGUCCUCCUUCACCUUGAACAAGCCAUGACCUUCUGUGGACACAGACCGGAUGUACGCCUCAGUGGCCAUGUGCUUCCAGGAAGGCUAACUUGACCACACCCAGCCUCACCCAGCCAGUGACUGCCUUCUGGGUGGGCUUGUCGCCUGAUUCCAGCCCAUGAGACCCAUUGAUGUUCUGCUGCAGAGCUUCUGAGACAGGCUGCUGACAUCUACCAACAAGAAAUGGGCUCUCUUGCUACAGUUGCUUUCCUGGCGAGAUAGAUCCAAGCCAAUCCUGCAGGAGAUGGCUUACGUGUCACCCAGGCUCAGAGCCUUCCUCUCCGAACCCAUGGGAGACAAAGAUGUUGCUUGCAUAGAUGGGAUCAGCCAGGCGCUUGCCAACACCUUAGUCGCCAAAGGUUUCAGCAAGGCCUACAUCCUCUUGGGGCAGUUCCUUCUGAUGCACAAGAAUGAAGCUGCAUUUCAGAACUGGAUCAUCUAUUGCUGCGGUGCCACUGAGUGUGAGGCCAAGAGGAGCUCCAAAUGCCUGAAGGAGUGGUGCACCUGCUUCCUGUAGACACCUGGCCGGGACCUGGGUGAAUAACACCUCUUCCACCUCUUCCCCCUCCACUGGCUCCAAAUCUGUGUGUGUGUGUGUGUGUGU